AUGCUGUUCUUGGCGGGAAGAGACGAGAUCAAGUUAGAUCACGAGAUCACACAUUCAACUUGGUGUGUGCCUCCUGUCUAUUUUACUUUUCAGGUACCUAUUGAAUGGGAAGUAGAGGAUGUUACUCCUGUAAAAGGACCAGACGGAAAAUUUAGUAUUCCUCAAAAAGCAAUUGAUUCUGUUUUAAAAAAUAAGAUAGGUUUAAAAGGUCCAUUAGAAACACCCAUAGGAAAAGGACAUCGUUCAUUAAAUUUAACUAUUCGACAGUUAUUUAAUCUUUAUGCAAAUGUUCGUCCAUGUCGAUCUGUUUCUGGGGUAGAAACACUAUAUAAAGAUGUUGAUGUGGUAACAAUUAGAGAAAAUACUGAAGGAGAAUAUAGUGGCAUUGAACAUGAGAUUGUUGAUGGAGUUGUGCAAAGCAUUAAAUUAAUCACAGAAGAAGCUUCACAUCGCGUAGCAGCAUUUGCUUUUGAUUAUGCUGUUCAAAAUGGUCGCAAUAUGGUUACUGCAGUACAUAAAGCAAAUAUUAUGAGGAUGUCUGAUGGUCUUUUUCUUCAGUGUUGUCGUAAAGUUGCAGAAAAACAUCCAAAUAUUAAAUAUGAUGAGAUGUAUCUUGAUACUUUGUGUUUAAAUAUGGUACAGGAUCCAUCAAAAUUUGAUGUCCUAGUUAUGCCAAAUCUAUAUGGUGAUAUAUUGAGUGAUCUUUGUGCUGGUCUUAUUGGUGGCCUAGGAGUUACUCCAAGUGGAAAUAUUGGACAAGAUGGAGCAGUAUUUGAAUCUGUUCAUGGUACUGCACCAGACAUUGCUGGACAAGAUAAAGCAAAUCCUACUGCCUUGCUUCUCAGUGCAAUUAUGAUGCUACGGUACAUGAAGUUAAAUGAUUAUGCAAAUAAAAUUGAAACUGCCUGUUUUGAAACAUUGAAAGAAGGAAAGGUUCGAACAGCUGAUCUAGGUGGUAAUGCAAAAUGUUCAGAAUUUACACAGGAAAUAUGUUCAAAAAUAUCCAAUAUGUGUUGAAGUAGAACUUUCCGUUUUAUAAAAAAAAAAUUGAUAAUGAUAGUCUGUUAUCAUAAGUAGGUGGUCACAGUGCUGUAGAUUAGAUUAUUUAUUCAGUUUUAGAGGACAUUUCUUAUGCAUUACAGUGAGAGUUAAAAAAGAAAAAGAUGAAUUUUUCCAUGAUUUAUUCAUCAGGAAGAGACUGGAAUUAUUCAUAUUCUGCAAUGAUUUCUGGAUUUAUUCAGAACUAAAUACUAAACAUUAAAUAUUAAGUUAGAAUUUUGAAACUUUGGAAAGGAAGUGAUUUAACAGAAUCAAAUUUUCAUAAUUGGAAAGAAUUCUUUUCUAGUCAAGUGUUCCUAAAUGUUAGAUACAGAAUUGUUAUUUUCAUUAAUAUAAACCAAGUACAGUAUUUAAAAAGUCAUUAUUUUUUAAUGUAAUUUAAAACAUUGAUUAGAAUUUGUAGUGAAAUGGCCUCAUAAACAAGAUUUUAAACUGAAUUAACAAAAGGUAAUGUAUAUAAAAAUCUCUGUGACAACUAAAAACCUAUAAUAAAAAUCAUAAAGUGAUGUUGAAUUGUAUAAUCAUUUUAAUGUAAUAUAUGAAAAGUUAAAAAUUACAAACUUAAUUGAGAAACUAUGAUUUUGUUCUUUGUUUUUAUAUU